CUUUGCUUGAGCUGCAGUUGAAGAGGUGGUAGUUAACUGCUGAGGGAUGGGGGUUAGAGAAGCGUGCACCAUCCGACUACCUGUGUGGGAUAUAUGAUGUGCUGUGUGUUAGUUUGAACAUUUAUCCAAAGGAGGGAUGUUUCAUCAUUUCAUGGACACGGCCAAUGUUGCAACUUUCACUGAUAACAUGAAACGAGGCAUUGCAAGUGCCAACAACUCUGUUAUGUGAGGAUGGCUUUGUAAAAACCCUGGCUCUUCACAUUCGUCGGGAUUCCCCGCAAUAUUCUCAACAAGAAAACAAAUCCGCAAAAAUGGACAAUGAAAGUGUAGCACAAAGAUACGAGCCCGUCGCCGAGAUUGGCGAAGGUGCUUACGGAAAGGUGUACAAGGCACGAGAUUUGAAGAACGCGGGACGCUUUGUAGCCCUAAAAAGAGUUCGGGUACAGACGGAGGAGGAAGGGAUGCCCCUCUCGACCAUCCGUGAGGUGGCGGUACUGAGGCAACUGGAGGCAUUCGAACACCCCAACGUGGUCAGACUGUUCGAUGUGUGUACUGUGUCUCGGACCGACCGCGAGACCAAGCUGACCCUGGUCUUUGAGCAUGUUGACCAGGACCUGACCACAUACCUAGAGAAAGCCCCUGAUCCUGGGGUGCCACCUGAAACUAUCAAGGAUAUGAUGUACCAGCUGCUGCAGGGGUUGGACUUCCUGCACUCACACCGUGUGGUUCACCGGGACCUGAAACCCCAGAACAUCCUGGUCACCAGUGGAGGACAGAUAAAACUGGCCGACUUCGGUCUUGCCAGAAUAUACAGCUUUCAGAUGGCCCUGACCUCCGUGGUGGUGACGUUGUGGUACAGAGCCCCAGAGGUGUUGCUCCAGUCCAGCUAUGCCACCCCAGUUGACCUGUGGAGUGUGGGCUGUAUCUUCGCUGAGAUGUUCAGGAGAAGACCUUUGUUUAGAGGAAGCUCAGAUGUUGAUCAGCUGGGCAAGAUUUUUGAUGUGGUCGGGGUUCCCUCGGUGGAGGACUGGCCCCAGGAAGUUGCCCUACCACAGAGUGCCUUCUCUCCACGACCCCCUCAGCCAAUCGGAAACCUCAUCCCUGACAUGGACGAGCUGGGGAAGUCCCUUAUACUGCAAUUCCUGGCAUUCAAUCCCGCCAAAAGGAUAUCAGCGUUUGCUGCUCUGACCCACCCCUACUUCCAGAGUGUGGAUAGUGACAGUAAGAGUGUGUACGCUCAGCCCAUUGCCAGCAACAAGCCCACCAUGGAGGAGAGCGCUGCCUGACAGCCCCCCGUCCCAGGACAAGAGAGAGAGAGCGAGAGAGAUGGACACAAAGACAGAGAAAGAGAGCAACAGACAGACAUUUGAUUCUAAAAUGCAACAGUGCUGUCUUCCACAAUGUACUGAUUUGAAUGCUGCUUUUAGGAUCAUUUUUUUAAAAUAAAAAAAUGUAAACAAUGCAAGGACCCUUAAAGCUGAGAUGUACUGCCACCAGGGGAGAACCUCUGGAUGUCCAGGAGCUGCUGCCUCUUGUCUUUUCUGCCUUAGCCUGAGAAGAGGCUCCUCAGUGAGGGAACACCAAGCACCAAGGGUAGGUCGGCAUGGAUCUCACCUGGAGCUCAUCUCCACGACUGAACUGAGAGAGAGGAUACACACACAUAUGUUUAUCCCAUGCAGGAGGACCUCACACUGCCUAGCGCUGCUUAUGGUCCAAACAUACAUUUGUGUUUUUAUAUCACUGCCAUCUACAGGUAGUCCUGUGUUACUGCAGGCUGGAGCAGGAUUCUGAUGGGCUUCAGCUUAAAAGACUUUGACUGGUGCGAACUAAGCACUUCACGGAACAACUGAAAAUGGAUCACUUUGAGUUCUUCUUAUGGUAUCCAUACUUCAGUGUCAUAAAGUGAGAUGAAAUCUGAUGGACACCAUUCAAGAGCCUAUGUGUUACUCUUUCUGAUGACCUGAUCAAUCAAUCAAAUGUAUUUCUAAAGCCCUUUUUACAUCAGCUGAUGUCACAAAGUGCUGUACAGAAACCCAGCCUAAAACCCCAAACAGCAAGCAAUGCAGAUGUAGAAGCACGGUGGCUAGGAAAAACUCCCUAGAAAGGCAGGAACCUAGGAAGAAACCUAGAGAGGAACUGGGUGGCCCGUCCUCUUCUGGCUGUGCCGGGUGGAGGUUAUAAGAGUACAUGGCCAUUUAAGGCCAGAUUGUUCUUCAAGAUGUACAAACGUUCAUAGAUGACCAGCAGGGUCAAAUAAUAAUCACUGGUUGUAGAGGGUGCAACAGGUCAGUACCUCAGGAAUAAAUGUCAGUUGGCUUUUCAUAGCCAAGCAUUCAGAGGUCGAGACAACAGGUGCGGUAGAGAGAGAGAGUCAAAAACAGCAGGUCCGGGACAAGGUACAAGGUCUGGGACACGCCCGGUGAACAGGUCAGGGUUCCCUAGUCUCAGGCAGAAGAGUUGAAACUGGAGCAGCAGCACGACCAGGUGGACUGGGGACACCAAGGAGUCAUCAGGCCAGGUUGUCCUGAGGCAUGGUCCUAGGGCUCAGGCCCUCCAGGAAGGGAGAGAGAGAGAAUUAGAGGGAGCAUACUUAAAUUCACACAGGACACCUAAUAAGACAGGAUAAUUACACAAAAUAGGACAGACUGACCCUAGCCCCCGGCACAUAGACUAUUGCAGCAAAAUACUGGAGGCUGAAUGGGGGGGGGGAGACACUGUGGCCCGUCCGACGAUACCCCGGACAGGGCCAACCAGGCAGGAUAUAACCCCACCCAUUUUGCCAAAGCAUAGCCCCCAAACCUUUAGAGCUAUAUCAACAGACCACCAAUUUACUACCCUGAGACAAGACUGAGUAUAGCCCACGAAGAUCUCCUCCACUUCACGAGCCGGGGGGGUGCAAAACCGGACAGGAAGAUCACGUCAGUGACUCAACCCACUCAAAUGACGCACCACUCCUAGGGACGACAUGGAAGAGCACCAGUAAUCCAGUGACUCAGCCCCUGUAAUAGGGUCAGAGGCAGAGAAUCCCAGUGGAGAGAGGGGAGCCAGCUAGGCAGAGCCAGCAAGGGCGGUUCGUCGCUCCUGUGCCUUGUUGUUCACCUUCUCACCCCUGGGUCAGACAACACUCAAUCAUAGUACCUACUGAAGAGAUAGAUGAGUCUUCAGUAAAGACAAAGGUUGAGACCGAGUCUGCUUCUCUCACAUGGAUAGGCAGACUAUUCCCUAAAAAAUUUGCUCUGUAGGAGAAAGCCCUGCCUCCAGCUAUUUUCUUAGAAAUUCUACGGACAAUAAGGAGGCCUGUGUUUUGUGACCGUAGCGUACGUGUAGGUAUGUACGGCAGGAUCAAAUCUGAGAGAUAGGUAGGAGCAAACCCAUGUAAUGCUUUGUAGGUUAGCAGUAAAACCUUGAAAUCAGCCCUAGCCUUCUCAGGAAGCCAGUGUAGAGAGGCUAGCACUGGAGUAAUAUGAUCAAAUGUUUUGAUUCUAGUCAUUCUAGGAUUCUAGCAGCCAUGUUUAGCACUAACUGAAGUUUAUUUGGUGCUUUAUCCGGGUAGCCGGAGAGUAGAGCCUUGCAGUAGUCUAAUCUAAAAUAAUUUUUGGACAAAAAGUUUCUGAUUUUUGUAAUGUUACAAAGAUGGAAAAAAAGCUGUCCUUGAAAUAUUCUUGAUAUGUUCGUCCUUCACAGUUUUAUUUGAGACGACUAUACAACUAUCAAGCUUAUUUGUCAGAUCCAACAGCAGAUCUCUUUGUUUCUUAGGACCUAGAACUAGCAUCUCUGUUUUGUCCGGGUUUAAAAUAAUUUUCCGCCAUACACUUCCUUAUGUCUUAAACACAGGCUUCCAGAGUAGGUAAUUUUGGGGCUUCACCAUGUUUAAUCUAAAUGUACAGCUGUGUGUCGUCCGCAUAGCACCAACAGGUAGAAUAUAUAGUGAAAACAAUAGUGGUCCUAAAACAGAACCUUGAGGAAUGCCGAAACGUACAAUUUAUUUGUCAGAGGACAAACCAUCCACAGAGACAAACUGAUAUCUUUCCGAAAGAAAAUUACCUGAUGACCUGAUACACAGAGCAUACUGGAGUGACUACAUGUUGUAUAAGAAUAAGGUCGAUGUACGCACCAUUGUUGACAGUUGAUUUCUUAUUUUCUAGUUUGUCUUAAUUUUACUGGACUUUAAAUCAUGUGUGGGGAUUGAAAUUAAAAAUGAUAUUGCAAAAUUCCACGCUAGAAAAUAAAUUACAAGACUAGGUCAAAUCCAAAGGAGGAAAGGUUUGACAAUGUGAGGCAUGUAGAAUGGAUUGGGUAAUGGACUGGUAUAGGCUAGUGCUAGAGACUGCACUUAUCCUGGCAGUAGUGGUGUGACUUGCAUAUCCAGCACACUGGCAUGUGUAGCAGGGUAGCAGUAGUAUAGGUGUUGGUCAGUGAAAUGUUAUUAGUUGUGAGAUUUUGUAUUGAGAAAAGGGAGGUGGAUAUGUCGGAUUCAGAGGAUGUUGAACAUUGUACCUUCUUCAUUUGGACUUAGUCUCAGAGGAUUACAUAAAAGCAUACAGGGGUUCAUGUUAAAACACAGCUGUUCUGUGUUAAGAAUGGUUGUUUUAACAAUGAUGCUCACCUUACUUAUUAUGCUCACGUUGAGGAGCACUCCAAUGGCAUAUUGAUUCAAUAUGACUAGCAAGAGUGCUUUCAGACUCGCUCCCUCCGAGGGAUUGGCUGAAAACAAGUCAAGGUAAAUAGAGUUAUUUUGUUUGUAAAACUUCUUACUGCACAGUAAUCUAGACCAUAACUUUCACUCUGGUAUAUCUAGUGCUGCUAGCACACAAAUACACUCAGGAUCUUUUUAGAAAUCAAAUCAGAAAUCAUUCUGACACACUUUGCACAUUCAUGAUCAGACUGCAUCAACUGUUUCCGUGGCUGACAAUAAUGCUAUAACAUGAUUUUGAUACUAUACUCAUAUUACAGAAUUCAUGACUGUGUGAAUCAAACUGCACGUCUGCUAUGAUAUGUUUGAUAUCCUACGUGUUUUCAGUGUCAGGGGACACUUGGUUUAAUGACAUGAAAUCCAUUUGAACUGAGCUCUCAUCUCCAUGUAGCAGUAGAUGUGUUUGUUCUGUCAGGUUCAUGUCACUGAUGGAUACUCAUCUCUGUUCUGUCAGGUUCAUGUCACUGAUGGAUACUCAUCUCUGUUCUGUCAGGUUCAUGUCACUGAUGGAUACUCAUCUCUGUUCUGUCAGGUUCAUGUCACUGAUGGAUACUCAUCUCUGUUCUGUCAGGUUCAUGUCACUGAUGGAUACUCAUCUCUGUUCUGUCAGGUUCAUGUCACUGAUGGAUACUCAUCUCUGUUCUGUCAGGUUCAUGUCACUGAUGGAUACUCAUCUCUGUUCUGUCAGGUUCAUGUCACUGAUGGAUACUCAUCUCUGUUCUGUCAGGUUCAUGUCACUGAUGGAUACUCAUCUCUGUUCUGUCAGGUUCAUGUCACUGAUGGAUACUCAUCUCUGUUCUGUCAGGUUCUUGUCACUGAUGGAUACUCAUCUCUGUUCUGUCAGGUUCAUGUCACUGAUGGAUACUCACCUCUGUUCUGUUAGGUUCAUGUCACUGAUGGAUACUCAUCCCUGUUGCAGACUUCAUGUUACAACUCUCUAGAAAUAGGGAUUGUCAAGAUUUCUUGGUAUCAGUCAGUUCAACGUCAACUUCCCUACUAACAAGUACCCACUGGGCACAGACAUCAGUUCAACGUCUACUGCCCUACUAACAAGUACCCACAUGGCACAGACAUCAGUUCAACGUCUACUGCCCUACUAACAAGUACCCACUGGGCACAGACAUCAGUUCAACGUCUACUGCCCUACUAACAAGUACCCACAUGGCACAGACAUCAGUUCAACGUCUACUGCCCUACUAACAAGUACCCACUGGGCACAGACAUCAGUUCAACGUCUACUGCCCUACUAACAAGUACCCACAUGGCACAGACAUCAGUUCAACGUCUACUGCCCUACUAACAAGUACCCACUGGGCACAGACAUCAGUUCAACGUCUACUGCCCUACUAACAAGUACCCACUGGGCACAGACAUCAGUUCAACGUCUUGUUUUGGUUUACAGUUGGUUGAGUUGUCAAUUCAGUGUGAAAUCAAAAAAAAAAUGUGCUUGGAUUUAGGUUAAACGUUGGGUGAAAAAAAGACGAAAUGCUGAUGACUUUUUGCAAAUCCAAUUAUUGUCCCACGUUGAUUCAACGUCAUGACAUAGAUUUUUGGGGUUGAAAUUACGUGGAAACAAUGUUGAUUCAACCAGUUUUUGCCUAGAGGGUAGACUAUCAUCAUUUUAGUCUAUAUUCACUUGAAACUAUCACUGUGUUAUUUUAUUUAAGAGGUUUAUUGGUCAUUUGUAAACCUAAAACACAGGACAAGAAUACUUUUGUCUAUGUAAUAGAAAAUAAUUAAGUUGUACUUUUUUACAGCCACCUACAUGGGGUCUGCCAUACAUUUCCUACGAUUACACAAAUGCACCUACAGUAUGAUAGCUUUGUAUUGCAAAUACCCUUUAGCUAAUGAACAGUACUGAAAAAUGUAGUAUUUUAACACAUUUAGCUCCAAGGAUGAAAGUAAAGGCCACAAAUGUAUAUGAAAUGCCCACCUAUGACAUGGUAACUUAAUUUACAAUGACGAUAUGGAGGUAAUGGGCAUUAUGUUUACAUGAAUAAAUGCCAUCAGUGGUGAUUGCUUCAUGUUGCACCAUUUGAAUAAAAAAAUCUGCUUUGUA